AUGUCGGACCCGGUGGCUGAUUUCUUGGCUCGCGAGCAGAAUUUGUUCGCUGACUUCGACGGAGCUCCACCAGCUGCUGCCGCCGCUGAGCCAGGUAAUAAUUGAGCGACAAUGUGAUGAGUCAUUACUUUUUUGCAGUUGCCGAGGCUCCAGCAGACCCAGCCAUCGAAGACGAUUUCGGAGAUCUUCAGGUAUCGCAUUACCCAGCUUUCUCCUCAAAUUCCUUUUGUUUCAGAUCGCCGCCGAUGCUCCUCCACCAGCUGUACAUCCUACCGACUCUGGCGUCGAUUUGGACGCAUUCGUCGAGGACAACGUUCCGGCGAUCAUCGUUCCCACCGAGCCAGUGCCAGUGCUGAACGGAAACCACGGUACUCCGUCUGGCGCCAGCUCGAAUGGACCAUCUCCAAUUCUGUCGACGUUGCCAAGAAUUGAGGCUGAAAAAAUUCGGCUGUGGAAGGCUCAGCAAGAGGAAUUGCUCGCCAAGAAAGGUACUUUCUACCCGCUAUUUGAAAUAAAAUUUCCGGUUCAGACGCUGCUGAAGAGAAGAAAAAGGCCGAGCUAAAGGCCAACGCAAAGAAAGAGCUUGAGGAAUGGUACAAGCAGCGCGAGAAGACCCUGCAGUUGUCGCAUGACGAGAAUCUGUAGGAUUUCCUUAGUUUCAUCAGGCUGUUGACGAAUUUGUUCGUUUUUAGGAAGAACGAGAAAGCGAAUCAAGAGUUGUUCGCCAAGCAGCAGGAUGGAGAAGCUCAAUGGGAGACGGUAAACAAACUCGUGGAGCAGCAUAAAUCGAAGAGUGGGAAGGACUUGAGCCGUCUGAAGACAUUGCUCUCCGGACUGAAGCACGCCGGAAAGUAA